GUGAUCCGGGGCAGAUUGGGCUCAGCCUUCAUUUGUUAUUAUUCCCGCAGCGCAGCGCUUUAAAAAAUCCAGGUCAGACCCGCGUUAGGACGCUGCUGCGGCUCGCGCUGCCGGUUCUGGAGGAGCUGGACGGGACCGGAAGCGUACAAAAGAGGGCGGUGUUGGUGCGGCUUGCCCCGGGGAGGCGGCGUCGUCGAGCAUCCGGGGAAGAUGCGCCGAGGAGCCGCAGAUUCCCCAGCGCUGUGAGCGGAGAGCGGAUCCGGAGCCGGAGCCUGGGCUGUGCGGGCUGGACCGGGGGUUUCUGAGGGGUUCUGAAGGGUUCUGGUGGAGGUUAUUGUGGGGGAUCUCUGGACUGGACUGUGUGCUUGGAUUUUGCACUGGAACUGGACCUUUAAAAUCCUGUUUUUAGCUGAUUUUUGCUGUUUUUUCAGCACUGGUUGAUGCUCUCCUCUGUGUGGUGGGAGCAUCUUGGAGCAGAGAAGCAGCAGCAUCAGCAGGAGGAGGAGGAGGAGAAAAAAGAAGGAAGAAAAAGGAGGAGGAGGAGGAGGAGGAUGGGGAAAAGAAGGCUGUACAACCCGGCGAGGAAGGACAGGGAGUGUGUGUAGCCUUUUAAACACACCAUCGUCCAUUUUGGAUGUCCAUGAGAGAUGGGAGUGUGAUUAAAACAGCUAGAAUUCAUCCUUUUUUAUCUUAUUUUAUAUUUUUGGGAAACAUUGGGAUCAUUGGGAGGGAAUAACAGCUCUGAAUCUGUCCACACAUAAAGAAAGAAAUGAAUGCAGGCAGUGAGUGAAUGAAUGCAUGGAUUAAAAGGAAGAACUACAUGGAUUUUGCACUGAAUUUUACUAGUCAAGCAAUUUAAGUGUAUGAAAAAAAAUUGGGACAAAAAAAAAGAAUAAAUUAAAAAAAUUAUGAUGGAAUACUGAAGCAUAUAUUCCUAUAUAUCUGUCACCACUGUCAGUCUGAGCAUCGUCCAUUUUGACAGCACUAAAAAAAUAGCAUCCAUCCUUUUGGGGUCAUUUUGGGAUCAUCUGGAUUUAAAAAAAAAAAAAAUUAAGGAUCAUCAGGAUAUAUAUUUGAGAUCAUUGGGAUUUUUGGGAUCAACAACAAUGGCAAAUGCAUGGAAAACGUGGAAUAAUAUGGAAUAAAAGCUACACAUAGGGUUGUAAGGCUGCAUUCAUCCAUGGUUAUUUCUAUGUUCUAUGUUAUAUUUCUAUAUGUGUGCCAAGUGCAUGCAAAAAUGGGAAGAAAAUAAGCAGCUAGGAACAUGAGCCUGGAAUUCCCAAGCCUCUUCCAGCAGUCUGACACUCUGAGAAACACUAACAUUGACCUGCUUUCGGUUUAAGUAACCUAAAACUAAAUCUUAACUCGGAUAGGCCUACACAUUAACACUAAUUUAAUAACCUACCGGCCUACUAGGCCUCGUUUAUGCUUUUAAGCUUUUAUAUCCAUAUUUUUACAUAGAUUUUUUAAAAAUCUAACUUGGAAAGAUAGAGCAACUCUGGAAAUGACAGUAAACCAAAAAAUAAAAAAUAAUACAAUUUUUAUUUGAUUUUUCCAGCAGUGAAUAAAGAGAGAAAGAAAGACCUUAUCUUGGUCAGGAUGGUCAGCACCAUAAACUCUGUCACCAGCCGAUAUUCCUCUUAACUUGAUAUCAUAUCAGCCUGGAUGGAGAAAAAAUGGACAUAAGGACACAUCUGAGGCCUUUUUCAGGUUUAUCCCACUUUUCCCAGCCUGACACAUUUUUUUAAAACCAGCUUUAAACCAGGUCGUUUGGUGGAGCUGAAUCGCUGAAUGUGGAUUACUCUGGCAUCUCCAGGGUUAAAUAGAAGAACAUACCAGUGGACCUGCAACACAACAGUGGGCCUUUUUGUUUUUGGAUUUGCUUUUCAUGACAGGCCAUUGUCCUCGUUUUGAACUGUCCUCCAUCAUCUGUCACAAACGGGUCUAAAUGCUUUUGGGCUGGAUCCACUUUUUCCACUUUUAAAGCUUUGAAACCAGUGAGCCAAGUGCUCUUUCUGUUUCCAGACGCAUCCUCAGGGUCCAAAUCCCAGCAUAUGUGGAGUUUUUGGCCUGGAAGCGGAGAUUUAAGGGUCAGAGCUGAAACACCGCGGCCGGAAACAGCGAGGAAGGGGCUAUGAAUCCUAGAUGAUGAUGAUGAUGAUGCUGGAUACACAGAAUGCCACUCAGGAGAUAGGUGAGGAGGUGGAGGAUGGAGCCGUGUUCACCAUCACUCUGCGGAAGGUGCAGAUGCACCACUCGGCCACUAAAGGUCAGCGGUGGCUGGGCGUGGACUCGGAGUCCGCCCUCAGCCUGUACGAGACCUGCAAGGUGCGCACCAUUAAAGCGGGAACGCUGGAGAGACUGGUGGAGUACAUGGUGUCGGCCUUCAGGGGAAACGACUCCACAUACGUCACCAUCUUCCUCUGCACCUACCGCUCCUUCGCCACCACCAAACAAGUGCUGGACCUGCUGCUCAACAGGUAUGCUAAACUGCAGCACCUGCCGGGUUCAGAGGGCCACAGGCUGACCCACGAUGACCGUACGCAGCUCAGGAACACCAUAUCCUCCAUCCUGGGGGCGUGGCUGGACCAGUAUUCAGAGGAUUUCUGGAAGCCUCCUGAUUACAGCUGCCUGAAACGCCUUAUUUCAUACCUGCACAUUAACUUUCCCGGGUCAGACCUGGAGCGGCGGGCCUGCAACCUGCUGGGUCAGUUCCACCGCAGACUGCAGCAGGAACCUGAACCUGAAGUCCUGGAUCAGGGAUCCUGCACUUUCGGCCUGUUAGAAGAGAACGGUUAUGAGGACGAUCGGCUGGACUUCCUGAGCUUUGACCCCACUGUGGUAGCAGAGCAGUUCACUCUGAUGGAUGCUGAGCUGUUUAAGAAGGUGGUGCCGUAUCACUGUCUGGGCAGUAUUUGGUCUCAGAGGGAUAAGAAGGGGAAGGAGCACCUGGCCCCCACCAUCCGAGCCACCGUCACCCAGUUCAACUCUGUGACCAACUGCGUGAUCGCCACCUGCCUGAGCGACCGGGCACUCAAACCCACACAGAGAGCCAAAGUGCUGGAGCGCUGGAUCGAGGUUGCCAGGGAAUGUCGUAUCCUGAAGAAUUUCUCGUCUCUGCGGGCGAUCCUCUCUGCGCUGCAGUGUAAUCCCGUGCAUCGCCUCCGGAGGACCUGGGAUGAAGUUUCACGAGAAAACUUCCGAAUUUUUCACGAGCUUUCCGAAAUCUUCUCAGAUGAGAACAACCACUCACUCAGCAGAGAGCUGCUCAUUAAGGAGGGCACGUCUAAAUUUGCGACGCUGGAGAUCAACCCCAAACGAGCACAGAAACGACAGCAGCCUCAGAGAGACCUGAGUGUGAUGCAGGGUACCAUCCCAUAUUUGGGUACAUUCCUCACUGACCUGGUGAUGAUGGACACUGCCAUGAAGGACUACUUCGAUGGUGGUCUGAUCAACUUUGAAAAGAGGAGAAAGGAAUUUGAGGUGAUUGCUCAGAUUAAGUUGCUGCAGCUGGCCUGUAACAACUACAACUUCAUCCUCAAUGCUCGCUUCAGAGAGUGGUUCUCCACCGUGGACAAACUGACCGAGGCUGAAAGUUACAGCUUGUCCUGUGAGAUCGAGCCGUUGUCCGAGUCGGCCUCCAACACACUGAAGGCCAAGAAAAACACAGGAAUCAUCAAAAGAUGGAGCGAUCGUCAGCCCCUCAGUUCAGCAGAAGCCGGCUGCAGCAGUGCUGGGAGUUCUCACUCUAAAUCCUUCGAUCAGCUGCGGUAUCCCUCGUGUCUGGGGGGCUCGGUGGGCAGCGGCGGUGUGGACGGUGGAGACUCGCUCAGCGUGACCUCAGCCGGCUCCAGCAGCUCAGAUAUUGAGGAGAUCAACAUCAGCUUUAUCUCAGACUCCCCUGAUGCACAUGAGAAGAAGACGUCCACACCCUGCGUAAAACAUUCCAAUUCUACCUUAGGGAAGUGUGGGCCAAUGGGAGACCUCACACCAACGUUCUGGGAGUCCACGUCUCUCUCGUCUCUCGAUGCCUCUGCCCUGGGCUCGGGCUCGGGCUCCAGCAGUGCCUCGUCCUCCUCCGUCUCGUCCACUCCGGUCACUCUGUCUCGCUCGCACAAGCGCUCCGUCUCCGGCGUGUCCAGCUACUCGUCCCUCUCUCUCCCGCUCUACAACCAGCAGGUGGACGACUGCUGCAUCAUCAGGGUCAGCCUGGACGUGGACAACGGGAACAUGUACAAGAGCAUCCUGGUAACGAGUCAGGAUAAGACUCCUGCGGUGAUCAGGAAGGCCAUGGUGAAACACAACCUAGACCGAGAGAGGCCAGAAGACUAUGAGCUGGUUCAGAAAAUCAGUGAGGAGAAAGAGCUGAAGAUUCCAGACAACGCCAACGUUUUCUACGCCAUGAACUCCUCAGCUAACUACGACUUUGUCCUGAAGAAGCGCGGCUUCCCGCGGACGGGCCGCACCAAGCACGUGGCCAGCUCCACCCUGCCCCGGAUGAAGCAGAAGGGCCUGAGGAUCGCCAAGGGGAUUUUCUGACCCCUUAAGUGUCCAAACAGACUCUCACCUGUCCUUCCUCACUCGACGGGCUUCAGCUCCUGCUGUUUCAUUACAGCAGCCUGGCUAAUCGAGACCUGCUGUGGAUAAGCGGCUAGGAUAAGUUCUAAGGUCAGGCCCUAAAGACUGGGAAAAAACGUCACUGCCAGCUCAGGAAGUCGCACACAGCAGGCAUUCAGAGCAGCAGCAGCGGCGGCGGUAGUGGUAGUUAUGGUUAUGGUGGUGGUUAUGGUAGUGAUUAUGGUGGUUAUGGUGGUGGUUAUGGGUGGAUGCUUCGUUUACAGACGCUCAGAGGCGGCAAAUCCAGGUCCGGAGAAGUACAAAUCCGCCCGAGGGCUGACCUGGAUUUACCACUAUUGCAGACUCUGCAGAAACCCCUUCCUGUGUUAACUCAAGUCCUGUGAGGUCACUUCCUGUAAACUGCAGACCGGACUACGUGCGAUGUUGCAGACUCCCUCACUGCCAGUUUCAGGUGCGUUUCAGCCUGGUGCGGUUUGUGAAAGCGAAGGUGACAGUGCCUCCUCGCAGACUCUCGCAACUUUUGCCUUAGUGGACUGCAGGCUAACGGCACAUUCGCGCUUACGCUCAAUUAUUUUUUUCUCUUUCCGUUGAUUUCGGGUGUUGCGGUCGUAGUGGCUCAGCCUGGACUGAAGAGAUGAGUGGAUACAUCUGAUUUUUGGAAGAGAAUGCAUUCAUUUGUUUUCUAGUAAUGGGCCGAUCCACAUUAUUGAUUCCAGUGCACAGCUUACAAAACUGACACAGAUUCUGAUUCUCAGACUGACAAUUAACCUUAAAAUUAUAUUUGUUAGUGUUGGUAUUGCGCUUAUAAAGACUUUUAAAGAUGUUUUUUAGAAGGGCAAAAAAUAUACACCACAAAAAGUAGUAUGAUGAUGUGCAAUUAUGGCAUGGCAGACCUGUGACCUAAGGCUGUGUUCACAUAGCAAGUAAAGUGAAGUCUAACUAAUUCUAAUUCUUUUAAAGCUGUUCACACUAGUGUUUUAAUUUGAUCUGUAUUGAAAAAAGCUGAUGCUCAAAAAAAGCAAUGCUUUACAUUAAUCGCUCUCUCUAACGUACAAUUAUGCUAAAUUAUGCUAAAGUUGUUGUUUUUUUUCUCAUGAAUCUUAUGAAUUUGGCCACUUUAGUUUAAAUCUAGGCCCAGUUCUGGCCCACAUGCUCAGGUCACCAACAUGCUACAUGCUGAAUGUGCCAACACACCUUUUGCCAAGUAUAAUACAACAAUCGGCCCACAAUGUUUGUGCCAAGUAAAUACGGGAAUCACCAAACACCACUUUUGCCAAUUACCCGGUUGCCAAAUAUAUAAACCCCAUUUAACCCAACAAUUCAGCAUGGCCAGUGCCAAGUUUGGGCCAAUUCUUCCUGCUCUCUGGAAUUGCCUUUUAUUGAUUAUAUAUAUAUAUAUAUAUAUAUAUAUAUAUAUAUAUAUAUAUAUA